AUGUCUACACCACCUUCUGACACGACUCGGAAUCGGAGCGAUUCCGCGGAUGAUCCAGAUCUCCCAACGCACGAUCGCAAGCGGCCGCGGUUGAGCGCCAACGGCAGUGUCAUCCAUACCACACCACCGCCCUCAAGUCCAUCCAUACAAGAGCCGCCAAACCUAUCAUUACCAGCAAAGUCUAGUUCGCCAGUAGCGCAGCAACAGGCAUCAUCUCCAAAGCCUGCCUUGCCUCCCAGACUUCCGAUGGCCCCAGACUCGGUAUCAUCUACCAAAGUUACUAUCAACACAAGACCAUUAUCUGCUCAGUCAGUACAAGGCGACGAGAAGCCGGGCACCGACGAUGUUGUCAUAGAUCCUGCGCUCGUGAUCAGAUGUACGGAGCAUGACGAAUCUGCCACCAUAAACGGUCAAAAGAGCCCCAAGGAGGACGACCCAGAGCGCUCGCCAUCUCCUGUCAUCGAGAUCGCAGAACCAGAAGAUGUCGACGGAGAUCCUUCCCACACCAGAUGGACUACUCGAGUCGGCGGUUCGAGACUUGCACCACAACCCAUCCACAUCGGCGCCUCCUACGUCCAUCGGACAUUUCCCGCUGCCAGCGAGUGUGUUUUGGGAGAAUCUUACAAGGCUCUCACCUUCAUCAUCCGUGUGAUUGUGAAGGGCGAGUCGGAAGCCGCACCAGCCUUUCAGAGAGUCAAGGACUGGCUGGCCAAGUUUGUGCAGGAGUGCGAUAGCCUGUCGCGUGAGGUUAUCGAUUCAGAACGCCAAUUCUGGCUGUCAUUGCCUUGCAUCAUCACCCAGGCGCUUUUUCGUUGCACCACACAAACACUUCUGAGCUUCUCCACCACCGAUAUGAAGGACUACUUCAUUGCUCAUGGAGAGCUCACCAAGCUCAUGAUGGAAUACGAUACUUCACAACUGCGUCAACUCCAGCAGCAGCCGGCUGGCUCCACUGUGCGAACAUUCAGUAGUACCUACUUGUCCCCACUGUCAGUCAUCCUCGAAGAAUGCUUGACUGGGACCAGCAUCCUUGAGACCUCGUUCAUGUCGAACACGAAGCGCCUCGGAGAUGCUGCCGUGUCGGUGCUUGAAGGUACCAAAGAAGCACUACUCGGUCCUGGAGGCAUCGAUUUGCUGCAGACUGUUUCUGACUACGUGGCGGCAAUGGAGCCCGUUCUAGCAACUACGCCGAAUCUGUGUGAGGACCUGAUCAAAACGGUGGAUGCAACAAUUGUCGCGGGUCAGUCAUACACCAAUGUGCUCGGCAGCCGUCGUUUUCCCACAUUUCAGGACGAUGAAGAGCAGAAGCUCAAAAUUAUGUAUGCUUCGGAAAAGAUUAUGCAUACGCUCAACGACAUACUCCGGACAGCGGUGAAGAAACAGCAUUCGUGGCUGAACCUCGAAAAUGCUCAGACUCUGCUCGCCCGGAUCAACAUUAUCAUGCCGAGACUUUCCGUCGAGCUGCCACGCUUAGGGCAGAGUAUUAUCAAGAUGGCGACACUCAGCGUCGAGGAGGCCGAUCUCACUUACCUCAGUGACACAAUGACCUUCGCGUGGAAGCUCUGGAUGUGCUGGACUUUCAUGAAGUUUGGUCGGAUGGAGUUACGAGUGGCCGGUGUGACCAUAAUGGGUCAGGUACUCCUUGACGUAUACAACGACAGACUUGUGCGCCGUGGCCCUCGCGCUAUUGCAGAUCCUCUCGUCAGCUACCUCAUUCGCUUUCUCCGAGCAAACGACGUGGUCAAGUACGUCAUCGGCGUUGACUCGCAUCCGCAGCUAGCAAGUCGUGGAGGUCAAUUGGUAGGGUUCUUUGGGGUUGCAGGCGCGUACGAGAACGCCCUGACAGACACAAUGUGGGAGACUAUCCUGGGCACGCCUGAUCCUCGCAUUGCUACAGAAAUCCAAAACAUGCUUGUGCAGGCUCUGUCUGCGAUCCACGAGGAUCAUUGUUACUACAUCUGCGAGAAGUUGGCCGAGCUGCCAUACGAGCAAUGGGAUGAGGAUUUCAUCCGACUCGGCUGCAGUUUGCUGAAUGUGCUUCCCAGCAAGUUGAGCCAGGUUUACAUGGCUACAGGUCAUCCGCCUGUCAAUCCGGUGGUGCGCAGACUAUGCCUGAAAGUCGUCCGAGACUGCAUGCGGCCUGCCAACUGUGGUACAGAAAAGUCACGAAAAUUGAUCUCAGAGUGGUUGCCUCGACUCAAGCUCAACUUCCAUCUAUCAGCGAGCAAGCCUGGACACUUUGACAUUAGCGAGGCCGAAGAGAAUGAAAUUCUGAUGAAAAUGCGGGACGAUAUAGCCAAUCAUGGGGAAUACGCUGGGGGCACAAUCCUCGCCUUAGAGGGCCUUCUGACCCAGGAAGGCCGCGAAGCAGUCACAAAAACCGUCGCCGAGGCCUGCAAUCUACCUGAGGCGCUCAUCGAGAACACAUGCUGGGUCAUCAAUGCACGAUGCUCUUCUGCAGACUUCUAUCUGCAAAUGGACUGUCGGAUCAAGUUGCUCAGUGCCUUGAUGACCACCGUGCCCGAGAGGUUUUCUUCGCAAGCAUUCGACAUGUACUGGAGAUCUUUGUUGGUCAAUCAGGACAUCGAAAAGAGCGUACGCCAUCUGGCGUGGGAGCACCUUACAUGUACAAUGAGGGCAAGCAUUCAGGAGCAGAAUGCGGUUAUACGGACUGUUCUACAAGACUACUGGCCUUUGCUGCACCCACAGAUCGUCGACCUGCCUAUACUGCGUUUCGCCCAGGAAGCUAUCUCUUAUGAAUGUCGCUUCAGCACUUCGACGACCGUAUCGGACAAUGGCAUCGUCGAUAUUCCUGGCACUCACCGAAUUCGGGAACUCAUGCUCAAGUCCCCCUCGGAUAGCCUUGCAGCUGAGGCCAUAGGUUUCCUGAUCGAUCACUACAUGCAACACCCUGCAAUCCGGGACCAGUCCAAGGACGUCAUCAAAGCGACCCGCACGGCAUUACUGGACGAGUAUUUUAGCAUUGUGCUCGGCGCAGCAGCAAGACUCAAAUCGGUAGCGGGGACUUCUGAGGCCAUUGAUGAAUCAUGUAAUGCUAUUCUCGCCAGCUCGGAGGAAAUCCAGUUGGAGGAGUUGAGAUUUGAUCGAUCUCUCCUGUUCCUGCGACGUUUCACAGAGGCAAACAAGAUGAGAGACUCCAGCAUUUCCCUUGUGAGCCAACUGCCCGACUUCCCAAAUCCUCAAGGCCAACUUCACAGUCUCAUUGUCGAAGUUGUGGGCAGUGUUCCCGACGACAUUGUCCGCAAGGUGGACGUUGGCGAGGACAACACAGGCGCUGAGCUAUGGCGGUACUUGGCAUCUAUAACAGGGUUUACUGCUUUCAGAGUCAUCAGUUAUGGCCGUCAGAUUCAGCUUCAGAAUAACACUCGAAGCAUUGCAGAGCUCAUCGGUCGUGUCCUCCAGGUCUCGAAGAACGACAAAACGACGGGGGUCAACGUCAUUAGCAAAGUCCAAGUGGUCAAGUUGCCCAAUACUGCAAUUGAGCAGACUCGCCAUAUGAGAUGCGUCUCGCCCAUAGACGACAAGAUCAUGCUGCAUAGUGAUGAUCUGUAUGGCCUCCUGGAAGCCGACGACCGCCUAGCUAAGGAGAUCUAUCUCUUUCUUAGCAACACCACGGUCCGCAAAGAACUUGCACAGAAGUUUCGCGAUCUGGACCUUUCAGCGCCCGAAGCUCUCUCGUGCGACAAGCUAUACAAGCUUCUAUUUGAUGCUGAAGCUCUCAGAAGCUGUGUAGAAGAAGAAGCAAUGUCCGCCAAUCCAGACACCGGUUUGGUGGUAUUUGCAGCUCGGGCACUCAUGGCCGCGAUCUCGAAGCUCGCUGUCACUAACUACGAGAACCCUUUGUCAUUUAGUGUCUCCGAACAGCUUGUACGCACUCUUUCGGUCGCACUCCGAACAAAAGUGGCCUUGCCCGCCGAAGGACUUUCGAUCAUUGACAGUCCAGCUGGCUUGCUGGUUUCAUUACUUCAGUAUUUACACCAGGUCCACCAGGCAAUCGCGCUUGAAUACACAGAACUCCAUGCUCUCGCCUUGCGUGCAGGAUUGGAGUCACUGAUAGAAGCUGCCUUGUUGGACAGUCGUGUGAGGACAGCAAUUUCUUGGAACGAUGGAUUUCCAUCAAUUUUUGCAGAAUGCAUAUUCAAUCCGGAUGAACGAGUGCGACAAAACGUUGCUGAGGCUCUGAAAGAUCUGACUGGGGAUUCGGCAAUCAAAGGCAGAUUACUGUCAAAACAGCCGCCUGCAGCAUCGCGACAUGACAGUGAUGUCGUCCGAGAUGUCCUUCUUCAGCUUUGGAGCUACAUGCCAGCACUGAUCCGGGAGGCUGGCCGGCGCAGUUCACAAUCUCAACAAUUCUUCGAGAGUGCGGAUUUUAUGUUCAUUCGCUUAGGGCCCGCACUUGAUGCCUCAGUCGCCAUUGAAACGAAGACCAUCUGCCAGGAAGUGCUUUGUGCUUACGACCUCGUAGAACAGGUGGGCAAAGAGCUGGCAGGCAGGGCGCUCCCGAUCGGUGUUGCUCGGCUACUCAAGACUAUUGCCUCAUUUCUGCGCGAGCAGAAUGCCCUGCCAUCGUCGACAGGGUUCCUCGAGGAUAUCUGCGACAGGUUCCUCUUCCCAGCGAUUUCGGAUACUCACUCCAACACGUUGUCGCUCCCUCUCAUCGACUCAUACGUUCGAGGGUGGCUGUACGAUAUGUGCCUGUCACUAUACAACAGCCCACAAGACCUUGAGAUGCUGCUGAGCAAGAUGGCGGACAACCUCGACAUUGAGAACUUCCAAGAUACUUCGUUGAUGCGGCAGCGACUAAGCCUUCGAAGCGAUGUGGGCUAUGCAGGGCUGAUGAAUCUGUCGAACACUUGCUACCUGAAUUCACUCUUCAGCCAACUUUUCAUGAAUGUCAAGUUCCGAAACUUUAUCCAUCGUGCUGCGAGUCGCACGCUCAGAUCAAACCUUGUUAAUGAACUGGCUAAGGUCUUCGCCUACAUGGAAUGCUCCUACGAAAAGGCGAUAGAUCCCUCGGGUGCGGUGGGAUCCAUCAUGACUUAUGACGGCACAAAUAUUGAUGUGACUGUCCAAAUGGACGUGGACGAGUUCUUCAAUCUUCUCUUCGAUCGCAUCGAAACCGGCCUAAGCGACUCUGAGGAGAAGACUGCUUUUCAAGGAUUCUAUGGCGGUCAAAUCGUCCAACAAAUCAAGUCUAAAGAGUGUUCGCACAUUUCCGAGAGACCGGAACCCUUCUCUGUGGUGCCGAUCGAGAUCAAAGGCAAGGCUUCUCUUGAGGACGGACUGAAAGGAUUUGUUGAGGGCGAGACACUGCAAGGCGAUAACAAGUACUCCUGUACGUCGUGCAACAAGCACGUCGAUGCUGUCAAGCGUGCCUGCUUCAAACAUCUCCCCGACAAUCUGAUCUUCAAUCUGAAGCGCUUCGAUUACGACAUCAUGACUGGGGCCCGAGCAAAGCUCAAUGACCGAUUUGAAUUCCCUGAAACUAUCGACAUGGCACCAUACACUCUUAAAAGCGUCAUGAACAGCGACAUUGCCGACGAAAGCGACAUUUUCGAGCUCACCGGUGUCAUAGUCCACUCCGGAUCAGCAGAGAUUGGACAUUAUUACUCGUAUAUCCGCGAAUGUCCUCCGGCUACUUCUACCCAGGGGUCUUGGACACAGUUCAACGACGCAGACGUCACUCGCUUCAGCCCCAGCGAGAUUGCAGAUCAGUGCUUUGGAGGUUACUCUGACAACAGUACCUUUGCGAAGCCAUACAAUGGAUAUAUGCUCUUCUACCGGAGACGAGAGGAUAGUCAAGCUGUGGAAGAGCAGCAUGUCUCAUCCACGACAGCCAUGGUUUUGCCCACUGCUGCAUCGGCAGAUCUCCAAAAGUACAUCGCACAAUCGAACGAGGUUUAUGUGCGGGCUUGCGUACGACAGGACCCUAUCCAUGCCAUGUUCAUCCGCAACCUUCUCAUCCACACAUUACCACACCGCGGGGAGUUGUGCAGUGAGAGUCACGGCAGCGAGAAUCACGUCCUUCAGAUGGUGCUGCUUUAUAUGACUAAGGUGUCCAUGCAGUGGAAAGACUUUCCUGCUGUUGAGAAGACAAUGAUGGAUCUGGGAACUUGCGCCACCAAAUGCAGAGACUGUGCUGAGACUAUCGUGGCAACACUUGCAGACGAUGCUCAGAAAAUCCUGGACUGCUGUGUCAGGAGCCCCUACCAUGCUUGUCGGAAGAUGAUUACUUCGUUGAUCAUGACAGCUCUAACGACACUGAGAGACAAGCCCGCUGAGUUCGUCGACGAGCAGGAAGCUCAGUACAAGGAACGUGUGCGCAAAGUGGCAGCAGCACUCUCGAAGACAUGGGUUGAGGCUGUGGUGGCUCGUUACUGUUGGCCCGAAUACUUUCCUCUCGUCGUCCAGCUAUCUCAACUCGACUGCUACGCACUCGCCCAUGUCCUCGAAGGCGGGUUCGUGAGAAAGAUCCUCGAAGUCCUUCAGGUCCACUAUGAAAGCGAUAACGACAUGAAGCUUCGUCAAAAGUAUCGCGAGUAUUUGACUGAUUGCCAGAAGCGCCAGGCUCAACACCAUGCCAUACUGAUUGAGUGCUUGUAUCGACUACUGGAGAACGUUGAUCUUGGGUUGGCGCCGAUUGAUAGUGUCAACCGGUAUGUGUCAAGCGAUUAUACGUCCGUUGGCUUGUCCGCGACAGAAAGACAUCGACUGGGACUAGAGCGGGCACUGUCGCCCUGGCUGCGCACUGUCAUUCGCAAUCAAUUGGCACCAGCAUAUGUCACCAGACUAGUCGCAAUGUUUGCUGCAGAGUCACAGAGUUGCGUGGCUCUCGGCACGGAUCUUGUAAAUGCCUUGCGGGAGGAGAAAAUUGCCGAUGCCGCGAACUUCAUUGAUCCGGCAGUGACCUAUCUUCAGAACUGCGGCGACCAAGCCGUUCUUGUGAGAUUUGCGCAGGAGUUCAUUGGCGCAGUUGAGACAGUCGAAUUGAAUUACGGACUGGAGUUCGUUGACUUCAUCAAGCGACUGUGCUUUCUGAGUGCGGAGUCGCUGGGGCUACCGGAAGGAUUCCUUCACGAAGUACUUAAGCGAUACGUGCCGCAGUGGCUCCCAAUUCUGCUCUACUCACAAAAUGAGCAGCAGAGAGACAUCCGGCAGGAAGCGGCCGAGCUGUUCGAGGUCUGCGCCGACCUGCCGGCCAACCCUGUCAAGAAUGAAGAAAUGGAUGAACAGAGUCGUGCCCGACAGCGCAGAGCGCAAGACCUCAUGAAGGGUAUCGCCAGGGUCGGGCAUGACCAGUUCUUGAACAAUGACAGUCGCAAGGAUGCUGCGAUGCAAAAGGACCACUUCCGAUGUGCUAUUGAAGUUUUCAACCGAUGUCAGGAAUAUGUGUUUCCCUACACUGGCACCAAAGGAUCACGGGCGCACAGUCAGCUUGAGGCCUCGGUCGUGGUGAUGCAGCAGCUCGUCGCCUUGGAGUCGACAUCAGUGGAGGUUAUUGAGGAUGAUGAUGAGUUUGGCUCCAGCAGUAACGAGGCUGGGAUGAGUGACGGGUUUUACGACACGGACACGGGCGAGUUUUAG